GCAGCUGUCGCAGUGAAGCUAACUGCUUAGCGCACAGGCUAACAGUCCUUAAAAGAAGAAACACGGUAUGAUGGGAAUAAAGCGGAACUCAGUGAGUCAGUUUUAUUAAAAACCGAAACCGAAACUCGGCGAUUAACGGUCACAAACAGCUUUAAAUCCCAUAAAGAGUUAACACGGACACAUCGUAACACCGGCGUCAUGGAGCAAAACAAACAAAGGCUAAAUUUACCUCCGAACCUGGACACUGAAACCCAGGCAUCUGAUCCAGGACCAGAACAGACCAGGACAGCCCAGAGAAACCAGUAAAGAUCCUCCAGGAGAACAGAAGCAGACCUGCAAUCAGUCACUCUUCUUAUUCUUUGUUUUCUUUUGGCGGACUGUAAUCCUCGUUUAAAGAGAAAAACUCAGAUACCUUUAAAGUUCCUGUAACCGUGGAUCACUGAAAACGACAGGACCAACAGGCAGACUGGACCUGGACCCAGAGUAAAACCUUGUCUACCAUCAACCAGUGGCAGAUCUCCAUAACAACUCUGAGGAUUGACCUCUGAUCGGAUUCUGUUUUUAUCCUGGUCCUGAUCCUGGUCCUGGUCCUGGUCGGGGUGCUGAUCAGAACAGUUGUGGAGGCAAUCAUGGACCGAGGAGGGGAGAAGCUGAUCUUCCUCAGCUCUCAUCGCUGCCCUGAAGUCGAUGCUCUGCCUCAUCACGACUUUGUGACACAUGACCCUCCACCAUGUUCACUUGUUCCUGCUGAGAGGAGCUCCAGGUUCACCUGUACAGGUGAUUCUGAGACAAAUUACUUUGAUGUCUCCCCCAGCUGUGGCUUCGACAAAGAGGAGGACGAAGAGGAAGAGAGAAGUGUCAGCGACUGGUCUGAGGAGGAUCUCUCACUCCACUUCGCUCCCUCUGUCAUCCUCCGAUCAGAUGACGAGGAAUCAGACCCAGAGAGCGGCUUCGAGUGCAUCGACAUUACGAUGGAAACACUGGUUCAAGGUCAGAAGGGGGAGGGACUAAAGAUGGUUCCCAAACGACAGAUUCAACUAAAGAAGAAAGAUGUAAAAAACGCAGAAAAACUUCAGGUGAAACCUCCAAAUGGGUCAUGUGAAGGGGGAGGGGCUUACUGUGAGAUGCUGUGUCCACCUGUGCGUCCUGAUGUGUUGCGGCGACAGCACAGUAUGCCUGCCUCCCUCCAAACCAGCAGUGAUGCUGACAGCUACAGGGUCUGCAGGGGCCUCGCUGCAGGGGCCAGUCAAGGGAUCGAUGGUGGAGGAACCUCGAGGCUGCGGCUGCAGAAGUCCUUCUCUUUGGAUGAAACUGAAACUAAAACAAAGAUGGCUUCCUGUAUCAUUAAGAGCAUCCUUUCAAAGAAGAUGCAGGUGGAGAAAAUCACCUGUAAGGGCUCCGCCCAGCAGAAGAAAGCAACAGUGUUCACCAGCCUCUCCCAGUCUGCAGAUCAGCAGCGGGUGAGUGAUGGGGGGGAAGGGAGACCAGCUUUCCUGGGGUAA